UCUCUGAUCACACGACAGUCGAAGCAAAAAGGAAAAAGAAAAAAAGAAGAAGAAGAAAAUAUCUGAUACGAGGCACCGGUGUCGAAUUUCCGGUCGCCGUGAUCAAUGUUCCGGUGGAGGCGGUGUUUUUCGAUAUAUUCCGACAAGGAAUCAUGUCGGCGACGAAGAAAAAUGGAUUCGGAGGAAACGGGAGAAACGAGGGACUUCUCCUCGUUAGUUCGGCGGUUCUGUAAAGUGAUAGUUUUCUCCUUCACCAGCUUCUUCUUCAUGUCGCUUAUCUUAGGGUUCUUAGUGAUGUUCCUCGGCGAAUUAUGGGUUUCUUCUUCCGCCUCUCUCCCUUCUCGCUGCAAGAUAGUUUCCAGUACCGUGGAUCUUAGGACAUCGGAAGUGUGCGGCAUUGGACUGUUGAACAUCAAAGCCAAACAUAUGUUUUACCCUUUCGAAAGAGACAAGUUCAGAUGUCGGUACGAUUACUACUGGGCUUCUGUCUUCAAGGUGGAAUAUAAAGAUCUUUUGUUUGGCAAAACACGAUUGGGAUAUGCAGAAGCACCAGAUGAGGCUCUUCCUCUUAAGUGCAGACCAAACUUCAGUGCUGCUUGGCGGACCAGACAUAACUUCAAGGUGAAUGAGACUUACGAUUGUCGGUACACGUUGGGGAUGCGGAAGAUAAAGCUGUAUUCAGAUAGCUUCUUUGCUUGCCGAGCAGCCAAGGAUCCAUCCGUAACAGGGAUGGUCAAACAGUACGCUGUCCUAUUCGCCAGAUUCUCGAGGUCAUGGUUCCCGAGCGAGGACGAGGUGGUUGCCAGAAUCGUCUCCGGCUUCUCAACUUCCAUAAUCGCAAUCUUGCUUGUACGGAUCUUACAAAAUGCAAAAUCUUGGCUCCCCUAAGACCACCGAUGUCUCAUCUCUUGGUGGUUAGUACUGAAGUUGCAUACUUCAUCUCCAUGUCUCUGUUUGAUCUUCUCGGAGAAUCCAAGGGAAUGUAUAGUGUAAAUCUUCAGAAAUCACGUAUGAAUUCCUGCCAUAUGACACUAAACUAGAUUCUUAUGCACUUGUAUUGUACCGAGCCUGUCUCAAGAUCUUAGAUUCUCAAAGUACCAAGAAACAUAUGUUUCAUACAAAGUCAAAGUCCAAGUUUGACUUCUUACUUUCAAGACAAUGGCUCGUUUCAGAAUGUAAGGGGGAACCCCAUCAGAUUCAGAGAUUGUUCAACUUCCUAAUACAUGGCUAUGACAAAAGUGAAAGAGUAAUAUAACCUUUUGUGUUGAAACAGAGAUAUUAAAACAACGGUUAUCUGACAGGCGAUACAGAGACUUGGCCUCCAGCUUGCGGAACUGAACGAGCUUGUCCUGCCCCAGUUACCUGAAUCAGAGCCACAAGUGAAGAAACGUGAUCAGGGAAGAUGACAAUAUUAUCAUAUACAUCUCUGUCUGAACAAUAACAGAUCAUUGUCUUUGGAAAGUGGAUAUGAAAAAUUGUUGAUCUUAUA